UGCAUAAUUUCACCAGACGAAGAACGUCGCUGGACCAACGUUUGUUUGCUAAGUAACACGCAUGGUAACGGACAUAAACAACCAUGUAGCUGGUAACUUCAGUGCUGUCAUCUCUACGAACCGCUAACAAGUGACAAGAAUGGAGCUGGUGUGGGAGGACGAUCCAGUCCCUGAAGGACCUUUCUUUACCAGAGAUCUCUAUGACAAGUAUUCCCUCGGACCCAGUGUCAGAGAGCUGUGGGCCUUUCUCCAAAGUCCUGAAGAGAAUGCCAACAUAAAAUGUGAUGUUGAGGCCGCAAAAGCCUCCUGCUCUUCUUCCAAAGAAGCUGCAGAGUUAAAAGACAAUAGUUGCAUCAGCAGCCAAGUGUCCUGUUGGGAGACCUGCGAUAGUGAAGACCCAUGUGCAGACAGUGCUGCUGAAAACACAAAAGGGUGGAAGGAUACCAAAAAAGUGACACAGAAUAAGACUAAAGCCAUUCUUGUUUAUCCUGAGCCCAGGCUGCCCUUCCCCUGUAUGUCCAGCCUUUCCAGCAAUGAGCAAAAGAUAUAUGUUGACUUUUUGACAAGUAAGAAACCCCGGCACCUUCCUCAGAACUUACAGGCACGAGUAAACCACGAAGUGAUGCAGUUCACGAACUACCUGCAAGAUGUGGCCAAACUAUGUGCUGAUGACUACAACUUCAUACCACAAGGAGCAAUGCAGUAUUCAGAGGAGGUCCUCAGGAACUGUUUAGAGUGCAUGAAGACACUUCCUCAGCUCUACCAGAUCCACGAGAUGACCAGUUUGACGGGUGGAACAUUCAAUCCAGGACUAAAGUUAACCUUUGAAAAACAGCUGCUAAGUAUGGGCAAUGUGAAUAGGACAAACCACGGAGUAGUGUAUGUUGAAGCACAGCUUGCAUCGGAUUAUCAGAGUGUUUCAUCAGAGAAUCCUCCAGCUAAAAAAGCUAAGGACAUGCACGCUACGAUCAGUAAUGAUGGAAAUGCAGAGAAGCUGUGCGCCUGUUACGAGCCUCAUGUCUGUCUGACUCGAGAUGCUUUAGUCCGGCUGCUAGACAAUAAUGGCCCUGACUUUGCAGACCAAUGGGAACUGCCUAUUUGGGUAAAAUUAAACCCAGGAAAAGGUAGUCGGAGGAAGACUGUGUACAUAGAUUCACCUCUUUUGAAGACUGAAAUGACAGUGAGAGAGAGGAGUCAUAUCUACCACGAGGAGAGUUUGAAGCUCUCCAUCAGUAGCGAAGGCAGUAAAAACGUCUUCCAUAUAAUGACAGAGCUUCCUGUGAAAGAGCAGCAGAUCUCACCAGAGAGCUCCAGAAGAAAUUUGGUGUCUUUUGAAGACAAUGGUCUUGACUUUGAGGUUGACCUCACUGACCUGGAGACGUUUGGAGAGAAAACAACCACUAAAACCUUGACCCCGCAGAAGAUGGAGAACAAGCAGGAUGGAAGUGUUCAAAGUAAAAAAGCUGUAAAUGAACAGCUGUCAAAUGAGACAAAAAGGUUGAAUGAACAUCUUGUAAGCGCUCGCAGCAGUUCACAAGAGGAGAUGAAGAGCUUUUUGAGCCGCAUGCAUCGUUCUGUAACUGAACCUGCUCAGCCAGCUGUGAGUGAGAAGACUGAACCAGUGAGCCAGGAUUCUGCCCGGGAAACUGAUGAAGACCUGGUUGUCAUGGGAGACUCAGAUGAUGAGAAGCUGGUCAUUGAUGAUUCUGGGUCUUCAGCAUCAACACCUACAAAAAGGCCUGCAGCAGGCCCUCCAGUUAACCCCACCUCUGAGUCAGCCACCGUAAUUUCAGACUCAUCUUCCCCACAUACAGGUGCGACCUGCAGGCCACAACCCAAAAAAUCAAAAGUCACAGGGGACCAACUAGGUGAGAUCUUGCGCAUGCAGACAGCCAUGUUCAAGUCUUCCACUGACGCAGCCAAAAGCUGUACUAAGUCACCCACCCGAUGUGUGGGAUCUUUGGUUCACCCUCAUCCAACAUCCCUGGUUAAACCCUGUGUGUCCUCAUAUUUGGAGAGAAACCAGAAUGAGGAUGAGGAGACCUGUGCUGUUCCUCGUGAAGCGUCAGUCGUCAACAACAACACUACAGAGCACAAAAAAUUACUUUCACAAGACCUGCAAGCAAGUGCAGAAAACGAACAGGAUUACGAGGCUCCUGUAGACGGCAACCUCUUCUACAAGCUCUAUAGCCUGCAAGACUUGCUGCUGAUGGUGCGCAGCUCCAUCUCUUACACCUAUACAGGAAGAGUCGACACCGACACCAACCGAAACGAGUUUGUGCCAGUGUUUAUCUUACCCAAGCUGGAAUACCAACUGAGUUAUGGUGUUGAGUGUCUAACCAGCAGUGAGGCGUGCCAGCUAUGGACUGAGACCCUGCUUCACUCCAGCACAGUGUCUCACUUAGCUCACAUCGAUGCGCACACAUCAAAACUAGCGCUGCGACGAAAGGUGCGUGACGGCUGGAUGCAGAACACCUCCUGUGGGUUAAAUCCUUCCAAGUCACUGAAUAUACUCCACCACCUACUGAAAAAGCUAACUGGGUUAGAAGAAGGACAAUACCUGAUUGUGCACAAAGCAGGAGAACCAUUUGUCACCAUAUUUAAAGCAGCUGAUGGAAAAGUGAGUCAGGUGGCGUACAACCUGCAGCAGGUCCACAGUUCUGUUCCACAACCUCCGACCUCUGGCCUCAUUCCCUGGAUACCUGUAAAUCCAGCGGUGGUCCUGGACUUCCACAGGAAACACAACCGGGUCCCCUGCACCUUUCCACCAAAACCCUUCCUAAAGACAACUAAAGAUGGGACACCGCAGUCUUACAACCCUGGAGCCCGACAGAAGAACAACUUCAAUGCACAAGGCAACGCAGGGCACAACCAAACAAAACGUACGGCCAAACGUAAAAAAUAUAUGAAGAAGCUAAUUCAGAAGUCUAUUUAAAGUCUCUUAUCAUAUGUGAUCUUUCUAUGUUGUUCAUAUUUCAUAUCACAGAGUAGAUAAGUCAGAGCAAGACCUGUUUUGGAAAGGAAAGGAAAGCAAACCACUGACGAUGUUCAAGAUUCAUAUUGGAAAUACAGUAUCUCCUUACAUAUAAAUGUGAAUGCUGAAGCACUUUUACAGUAUAGAAUCUGUUCUUUAAAUAUGUGUUUUGCUCAGAGAAGUUUUGCAUAUUUUGUAAUGUUUUGUUUUGUAAAACCAGAGCAACAAUAAAAUUUGAGUGUUCA